GAUUCUUUUUUGACAAAAAUUUUCUUGUUUUGGUUUUUUUAGUUUUUAAUUGUUUAUUAAUUUCUAUUUAUAUUUUACUCAAUUAGAUUUAAUUGAGGUUUUCCUUUAAUUUGUUGGAUUGACUGUAAAACAAUAAUCAGACAAAUGAUUACAGAAACUGUUCGGCGGACUAAUGGGGACCAAUAUUCACCUAAGUCAAGCCCAAGAGGUUCUCGGUCUCCAUUAGUGAACAGACAAGACACCACAGGAACUUUAAAAACAACAAUUUCGCUCGGUAAAACACCAGCUAUUGUUCACAGUGGACCAUUUUAUUUGAUGAAAGAGCCUGGAGUUGAAAGUGAGCUAACUGGCUCUACAAAUUUGAUUAAAUACUAUAAUCUGGAACAUUCUUUCUCUAAAUUUUGUUGUGGCCGGAAAAUUAAAGAUCAAUUAAGUGCAUUUCUUCCCAAUUUACCUGGAAACAUUGACGUACCUGCGACUCAAAAUGAUAGUUUACGAAGUCUAAUGGAAAAACCACCGAUAGGAGGAAAAGAAAUACUACCUUUAACACAGAAUCAACUAGCUGGUUUCAGAUUACAUCCUGGACCAUUACCUGAACAAUAUAGACUCAUGAAUCAACCCAUAGUUAAAAAGAAACACAAGUCAAAGAAAAAACAUAAAUCAGAGGAAACGAAUCCUGAUAUACAAAUGGAAGUUUUAGAAACCGCAUCUUCUGGGGGACACGAAAAGAAGCACAAGAAUAAAAGAAAACACGAAGAUGACAAAGAAAGAAAAAAGAAAAAGAAAGACAAGAAAAAGAAGAAGGCAAAACAUUCACCAGAAUCAACUGUUGGUCCAUGAAAACACCAAUUCCACCAAUAAGCAAUAUCUUUCUGUAAAUAUCGAGAGAAAAAAAAAUCACAAGAAGAAAAAAAAACUCCUUUUGAUAUACUUGUAGUACCAUAAUAAUGAAAUUGCCUUGGAGGAUUGUCUUGAUCAUUCACCUACCUAAUUAAUUGUACUGCCUUCAGUUUAAUUGAACAUCCGCUGCUACUGAUCAUCAACAUCGUCACCAUCAUUCACCACGAUCCAUAUUAUGUAAUCACCAUUCUGAUCAAUUCAAUGAGAUUCAACAGUUUCCUCUCUGUACAACAUAAUUGAAAUUGAUUGCACGAUGAGAUUGACUUUCAUCUUUUCUCGUACCAAUUUAUAAUUAACUCUCGAAGACGCAAACAACAACCCAACAGCCCCCACGAAAAAGCAUCUCACCAACAAUUAAUUUUCUGAUUCACCUCUAAUCACCUUUGCCAUAACUAAUUUACACUUUCAUUCAUAUACACAAACACACCAAGAGGAUAAACAAUCAGAUAUUUAAAGUCAUUCAGAUUUAAUCAAACCAAAUCACCUCAAUCAUAAAAAUCAGAUUAACAAAAUGAUUUAUCUAAUAACGAAAAGCAACCAAAAGAAAUACUAUUAUCUUUACUUACGAAACUCAUCAACAUCCAACUUUCAUCAUUUCCUUUUCCUGUUUAUCCUUUUAUUUAAAAAAAACAAAAUUUUCUAAUUCCAUAAGUUUCAUUGAGAAAACACAAAUUGGUUUAUUGUAAAAUUAAUAAUAAAAAAACUAAUUGAAUUUGA